AAGGUUUCAUUGUGGUAAUGCAGGAAGUGGGAGAAAUAGAAGCUGAGAUUUCUGAGGUUGGGGUCGAGAGAGUAGUGAGGAGGAUACUCACAUAUAGAACACCUCGACCGCUUAUUUUGCCCAAGGAUAAAAGCUUUUGGGGACCUAAAGACGAAACUAUUCCUUUACCGUCAUGGCUAACGGAGGAAGAUGUUGCUUACUAUGUUAGCAAGUUUCAAGAGAAAGGUUACACUGGUGGAGUUAAUUACUACCGCAAUUUUGACCGAAACAAUGAGCUGUUUGCUCCAUGGGUGGGAUGCAAAAUCCAGGUACCUACAAAAUUCGCGAUUGGGGAGCAGGAUCUGGUCUACCAUUUUCCUGGUGCGAGGGAAUACAUACAUGGUCCCAAGUUCAAGGAAGAAGUUCCUUUGCUCGAAGAGCCUGUGGUCAUCGAGGGGGCUGCUCACUUCGUUAACCAAGAGAAGCCACAAGAGAUCCUCCAACUUAUCGUUGACUUCAUCUCCAAAUUCUAGUCUUGCUUUCCUUAAGCCACCUUGUAAGUUCCAUACGGAAGAGCAUAUAUGCUUUUAAUAAGUUGAACAGUGAGGAUUAUGGUUUAUAUGUAUUAUGAAGUUUAAGGUUCGUUUUAUCAA